AUGAAGUGUUUCUCUUUGCAGUUGGUCCGCAAAUUUCUCAUUAUUUCAGCAGCAAUGAUGGUCUUAAUCAAUCUACUUUGCAUGUGGAAAGUUAGCGACCAGAUAGAAAAAGAGAAAGAAAAGAAACUGGAAGCAAAGUUAGCGAUAAAGCUAGAAAAGGUCAACCACUCGCCUUUCAUUAAACCCUGGCAUUCGAAAGUAACAACCGAAUCUGGUCAGCAGUCUACCUCUCGAGGACAGCUCAGUACAGACCGACGGAAACAGGAGGAUAAAUCACCAACAACACCUGUGUAUCAUACUUCAUUUAGGGAAAAUAAAAUUUCCACUAAAAAUAACAGAAUAAAGCAACCUAAGGCCAGUUCUGAAUGGCCGACAAAACAGGUAAGAAGAUUCUACCUCGCACCAUCUAGUUUAUGAUGGCUAUAGCUGUUGAACUUGUGGAUAACGUUCCAAGUGUGACCCAUGCCAGGCACGGAUCUUGGAUAAAUACUGACCGAUUUCCUAAACGAACGCCGAGAGCGAAAGCUUCUAACGGGGUUCGGGGGGCAUGCUCCCGCGGGAAAAUUUUUUAGAUUUUUAACGUCCCUAAAAUCGAUCACUUUCUUGGGUUUCUGAGUGAUUCAGACAGGAUAUUUGCCAGUUCCAUUCUCCUCGCGGAUGGAGCCUUUCAAAUCGGCGGGUUAUUUCAUAAAGGUCAAUUUCCAUAUCGAUCGUAGUGGAUAUGGGGAAAGAUUUCAACUUAAUGGAAAGUUGUAUUCAAAGUAAUUAUCUUGAAAAAUCUGACCGAUUUCCGAAAAACGGUGGAAACCGGUGUGCAUCCGCGCCUGUGACCAUACAUGCUUUCUUUAACUAAAGAUCAAGUACUCGCUUGGCCAAGGAGAAAUAACUGUCGACACGUACACUUCUCUGUAGGUACAUACCCUAACGCCACUGGUAGACGACUUGCACAGAACCUUUGCGCCUCAAGAGUAUAUCAAAGUAAGUGGUAUCUGCCGCUAA